AUGCAUAAUGUUAGCCGAGAUUUGCUUAGUGGAGUGUUAUUUCGUUCUAGUACUCAUGCAAUUUGGGAGGAUCUGCGAAAGCAUUUUGAUAAGGUGACAACUUCUCGUAUGUUCUAUCUGUAUAAGUUUCUUAUGGGGCUUAAUGAUGGAUAUAGUCAAGCACGCAGCCAAAUUUUGAUGAAAUCUCAUGUUCCUAAUGUUAAUCAAGCAUAUGCGAUGUUGCUUCAAGAUGAGAGUCAAAAACUGGUAGUAGGAGGGCACUGUGUGUUGACUGAAAACAUGGAACCUACUGCCCUAUUUACUACUAAGCAAUAUGCACCAGUUUUUACACCUGAACAGUACUCUCAAAUCCUCAAUUUCUUGAAUAAAACUUUAAUUGGUGAACCUAGUGAAAACAUGGCAGAUAUUUCUCUAUCUGAUUCUGAUUCUAAUCCUACUUGGAUAGAAAACACAGGGGCUACUAAUCAUAUGACAGGUAAUGAACGGUUGUUGGUUAAUGCUACUAAAGUAGGAAAUUCAGCACAGGUUCAAAUGCCUAAUGGAGACUCUACUCAAAUUACUCAUGUAGGAAAUUGCCACUUGACAGGAGGUGAUUUCAUUAAAGAUGUUCUGUGUGUACCAGCAUUUAAAUUCAACAUCUUAUCAGUUUCAAAACUGACUAAAGCUUUGCAGUGCUUUGUUAGUUUCUAUCCUGAUUUCUUUAUCUUCCAUGACCUCUUCAUUGGGAGGGUGAAGGGGAUUGGUAAGAAAGAAGAGGAACUCUAUAUCUUGAGACCAAAGGACAAUGCUGAAAUCAAGGAGCAGAUGAGGUCUUUGGCAGUAAGAGGGAUCACAGAUUCAGAGUUAUGGCAUAAGAGGAUGAGUCAUGCCAUAGAACAAAACUUCUCUUUUCCAGUUAUAUCCAUCCCCUCUGCUACACUAGAAGAUCUUGUUCCCAUUCCAUCAUAUGUAUCAAACCAGCCACAAGCAAUAGAUUCACCUGAAAUAGAAGUCUUUGAUAUUGCAGAAUCAACUCCCCUCACUGCAAAUUUAUCUCCUUCUACUUCUGUACCUAUUCUCGAUUCAGAGCUACCACCAGUUACUAAUCUAGACACACCACAUAGAAAAUUUGGAAGGGUGUCUAAGCUACCUAUUUGGUUGAAGGAUUUUGUUGUCCCUGGCAAAGCUGCUGCUGCUUGUCUCUAUCCAUCGUCUAAUGUUGUUAACUAG